CACAGGAACAGUCUUCCUCGCAAGCCUAAAAUGGCACGAAAAACAUUCCGUUCAUUCGCUGAAUGUGUAAAGUUGUGAGACCUUUUACUCGGCUAAAUCGGAUGUAUAUCUUAGCAACACCUUUCCUAAGCGAGCUUGUGCUUGUGCUCUCGGCGUGCCAUGACAAACCCAAGCAAUUAUGGCGACAGGAAAACAUUUUCUAAAUGUUUUCCCGUGGCGCUUAGGAUGUUCAUCUCAUCUUUGUUACGGAUACAUUUGGGAUCUGUGUUGAGCUGACUAUUUCGCCGGGUAUCGCUGGGUCGCAGGCACAUUCAUAAUGAAGCUGACAACUGUGGGUGCUCUCGUUGGAGCUUGGGCUGGUUAUGUGGCGGCGGAAACAUUGAGCACUCGUGAAGUUGCUCAUAACAUACCAACAGGAUGGAGAUUCGAGCAAAAAGCAAAAGCAGAAGAACUCAUCAGGUUGUCAAUCGUCCUCAAGCAGCCGAGGAUAGCCGAGCUCAAAGCUAGGCUCGACCGCAUCAGCAAUCCAUCGAACGCUGAAUAUGGGCAUCAUCUCACGAGGGACGAAGCAAAAGCAUACCAGAUCCCAGAUCGAAAUGCGUUAAAUCAAGUUCACUCAUGGCUCAAAUCCAAUAGGAUCACAAAUGUGACCACGGAUGGUUCGAUAAUCCAUGUUACUUCGACGGUCGCGGAAGUAAAUAGAAUUUUUCACACCACCCUCGGCCAGUAUUCCUUCCAAGGGUCAUCGUCGUUUUUACGCACUCAAGCGUACUCGUUACCCCGAGUAUUGGACGGGAAUGUCGAGUUCAUAUAUCCGAUCUCCAACUUUAUGGCGCCGCCUCAAUCCAGACUGAAAACCAAAUCUCAUCGGAAAUCAUUCGCAAUGCUAGCCAAUGCCGACGAUCAGCCCUGUCCAUCUGGAGUUACUCCGGGAUGCCUCAAGAAUCUUUAUAACGUGACUUACGCCAACACCACAACGCCUAUCAAAUCCCCUGUUCGAUUUGGUAUAGCCGGAUUCCUUGAGCAGUGGAUUAAGUACGACGAUGUUUCCGAAUUUCUGGGUACUUAUUCGCCUGAGCUUGGGCCGUUGGACUAUAACUUCACGAUAGCCACGCUGAAUAAUGGCACGAACCCCCAGCCUAACACACCAGAAUCGAAAGCUGGGCUUGAGGCCAGCUUAGACGUAGAAUACGCCAUGGCUCUCGGCUACCCGACUAACGUGAUUUAUUAUUCGACUGGAGGGAGGGGUGAGAAGGUUGAUCACAACGGUGAUCUGCUUCCAUCCAACCGGAGCGACAACGAGCCGUAUUUGGAGUUCUUUCAAUACCUUUUAAACCUCAGCGACGAGGAGAUACCUCAUGUAGUGAGUAUCUCAUAUGCCGACGACGAACAGUCCGUACCAGCCCCUUAUGCAACUCGCGUGUGCGACGUUUUGGCUCUUGUAGCAGCGCGUGGAGUAACUGUUCUUUCCGGCUCUGGGGACGGUGGUGCCAGCGGGAUUGGACAAAAUGAAUGCUACAGUAAUGACGGCGAAAGACGUAAAAUGUUUCUUCCCACAUUCCCCGCUAGCUGUCCGUACGUCACAUCUGUAGGUGCGACGGGCAACAGUUUGCCUCUUGAGGGAGCCGACUUCAGCACAGGCGGGUUCAGCAAUUACUUCGCCAGACCGGAGUGGCAGAAGGGUGUUGUUGAUGACUAUAUAAACAUUCUGAACGGGUCGCAUCGGGGACUUUUCAACGAAACGGGUCGAGCGUUCCCAGAUAUUAGCGCCUCCGGGACGAACUACGUCAUCCAGGUAGGAGGCUAUCAAACCGACGUGCUUGGUACUAGUGCGAGCACACCGGUGGUCGCGGCUUUAGUGGCGCUGAUCAACGAUUCGAGGUUGAAGUCUGGGAAGAAUAGUACUGGCUGGCUCAACCCGGUGUUAUAUUCCCCGGAAGUGAGAGGGGUUCUGCAAGACGUUACUACCGGGGUCAGCCAGAACUGUGUGUUUGGCACUGAAAAGGAACCCGGGUGGGAAAGUGUAGAAGGGUAUGACUGUGUGACAGGUCUUGGCUCCAUUGGGGACUUCACAAAGCUGUUGGGCGUAUUGGGAUAAUUCUAGGGGCAUGAGUUUUGGUUGAGGUAUUAGAAAUCGUGAAUCGUAUAGCUUCCUAGUUAUUUAACACGUUAUUUCGGU